UAUAAAAUUGGUGAUACCGCGAAGCAACAAACACUUGAGUGUAUAUCGUUACGGUACCGAUCGAUUGUAUCGAGUAUUAGUUAUCGACUAUCGUUCACACUACAACCGGGAUCUAUUUAUCGACAAGAAAAAGACGAACUCGACAAUAUGUUGGUGGAACACGCGGCACAGUGGAUCUGGAAAGCGAUGGGCGGCACCAGGAUCGAGGCUCUAUACACCCUCCUCGUGUUCUUGGGUGUACUCCUGAUUGUGAGGUGCAUUCAGUGGCUGAGGUACAUCCGUACCCUACCGCCCGGCCCGUGGGGCGUGCCAGUCUUUGGCUACCUACCUUUCCUCAAAGGGGACGUCCACCUACAGUACGGCGAGCUGGCAAAGAAGUACGGCUCGAUGUUUAGCGCACGCCUCGGAACACAACUCGUCGUUGUUUUAAGCGAUUAUCGGGUUAUCCGCGAUACUUUCCGUCGCGAGGAGUUCAGCGGUAGACCGCACACAGAAUUCAUCAACAUCCUCGGUGGAUACGGUGUCAUUAAUACCGAGGGCGCUAUGUGGAAGGAUCAAAGAAGGUUCCUCCACGAGAAACUUCGUAGUUUUGGAAUGACUUACAUGGGUGCUGGAAAGAAGAUCAUGGAGUCUAGAAUUAUGAGAGAGGUCGAUACUUUUAUCCAAGGUUUAUUGUCGAGACAAGGAGCACCGACGGACGUAUCACCUUCCCUCGGUAUGUCGAUCAGCAAUGUGAUCUGUUCGAUCAUCAUGGGAGUUCGCUUCCAUCACGGUGAUUCAAGAUUCAAAAGGUUCAUGGAUCUGAUCGAAGAAGGAUUCAAAUUAUUCGGCAGUAUAGCGGCUGUUAAUUUUAUACCGAUUAUGCGUUAUCUUCCUUGUCUUCAAAAAGUUCAAAACAAGAUCUCGCAGAAUCGUGCCGAAAUGGCUGAUUUCUUUCAAGAAACGGUCGACCAGCAUCGAGUCACCUUCGACGAGAACAACAUUCGCGAUCUCGUCGACGCUUAUCUCUUGGAAAUCCAGAAGGCUAAGGCCGAAGGACGCGAGGCACUGCUGUUUCAAGGCAAGAAUCACGAUCGUCAAAUGCAACAGAUUCUCGGGGAUCUUUUCUCCGCCGGCAUGGAAACGGUCAAGACCACAUUGGAAUGGGCAGUGAUUCUCAUGUUGCACCACCCCGAGGCUGCUAAAGCGGUACAGGAAGAAUUGGAUCAGGUAGUCGGAAGAUCGAGAAUGCCGGCAUUGGAAGAUCUACCGUUUCUUCCGGUGACCGAGGCAACGAUACUCGAAGUCUUAAGAAGAUCGAGCAUCGUCCCGUUGGGAACGACUCAUGCUACCACAAGGGAUGUAACAUUGAAUGGUUACACGAUACCGGCUGGCUCUCAAGUUGUACCACUAUUGCAUGCAGUACACAUGGAUCCGGAAUUAUGGAAUGAACCAGAGGAGUUUCGUCCUACUCGUUUCCUUUCCGCCGAAGGAAAGGUCUGUAAACCGGAGUAUUUCAUGCCGUUUGGUGUCGGUAGGCGGAUGUGUCUCGGCGACGUGCUAGCGCGCAUGGAACUCUUCCUAUUCUUCAGUUCGCUCUUACAUACAUUCGAUCUUAGGCUACCUGAGGGCGCCUCGUUGCCGAGUUUGCGCGGUAACGCAGGUGUCACCGUAACCCCAGACCCAUUCAAGGUUUGCCUAUUUCGAAAGAACCUCGAUCUCCUCGAGUGCGACCCGAACGAACCUUCUAGCGGGCCACUUCGUAACGUUGGCAGUCUCUGAAUGAAGAAGUUACGGCCCCGAGACGAUCACGGUUGUUGUUCCUAUCGCUUUAUCGGAGGAAAUGAACUUUCGUGCUCCUCGCCGAGCGUGUGCCGACGGAUAGAAAGAAAAAAAGAGAGAGAGAGAGAGAAAGAAAGUAAGCAAGAAUGAAUGAAUGAAAGAAGAAAAGAGAAAUAGAGAAGAACAAAAUAUUCUCAAAAUCCUAUAUCGACGAGUAACAAAAGGAUUUCGAUUCUAAUGAAGGAUUGGAAAAGAUUACGAAUCCUUCGAAUAUUAACGAAGAUUAACGUAACGAAGGAAACGAGGAUCGGAUAUAUAAGUUUCUUCUCGAUUUCUGAUGCUAUAAAUGAAAGAAAGAAUGAAAAAAAGAAAAAAGAAAAAAGAAAAAAGGAAAAAAGGAAAAAAAAAAAAAGAAAAUAUCUUUCCUCGGCCGCGCGGAUCAGAGUACAAAGAAGCCGCCUCUAUACGGUACUAAAUGUCUCAUCAUCCACCAUCGCUUUACUCUCCCCCCAUCCCUUCUCCUUUCUCUCACUCUCUCUCUCUCUCUCUCUCUUUCUCUUCCCCAGCUCCUGUUUUAUAUUAGCAUUUUUCGCAUCGGAAUCAUUUCAUCUCGACCACUCGCCAUAUAAAUAUUUAUUUAUGUCUCUUAACGCGUACGGUACACCCUCCUCCCACCCUACCCCUACCUCCCCCGUUUGCUCCCUCAUUCACCUGACCUCCUAUCAACCUUUAUUCUUCCUCCUCCAUCGCACCGCUCUUGCAUAUUUCUUACCAUUAAGUCUUUCAGCUUCCCUAUCCAUCGUAAUAUAUUUCUUUAUAAUUUAUUUGCCGGAGUAUUCGAUCAAUAGACGUUCGAUCAAUCAAAUACACAAAAUACACACACAUAUACACACGAAUGAACAGAUUACUUUUCGCCGUAUCGAUCGUGCAUAUACUCUUUCUUUCUAAUGGUAUCGUUCAACGUGUUCAACGUGAAAUAUUAUUUCUUCGCUUUCAAUUGGGCGGUGGGAGGGAGGGGGUUGGGCCUGGGGGGGGGGGAAGGGCGUUGAUAUGGAGGUAUACUUGUAGACGAAACUUGUAAAUAGUUAUCAUGCGAAUGCGUGCGAGAGUGAUAGAAUAAGAAUAAAAUGAGUAAAUAAUGUCUCUUUGUGCGUUUGCGUGCGCGUGUGUUACGUGACGUUGCGUACGUGUGUGCUUAAAGAGACACGCGCGUAUGCUUGAUAUGCUAAUUUAAUGAUUAAUAAUAAUCCACUCUGGUCGACGAA